AUGUCAACAACACCAAUCCCCAAAAACCGAUCAUCCAGUCCAACAGUUUUCGAACAGCAGCGAGCAGAAUUAGUUCGAGAGAUUGCAGUGGGUAUGGAACAAGUCCUCCAAAACAUCAACCGGCUAAACCGGAACCUGGAGAGCAUUAUUUCCGUGGGAAACGAAUUCGGCUCUGUGGAAGCGCUCUGGUCCCAGUUUGAGAACUUUAUGGGCAGCAGGCCUGGGGAGGAGCAGAAGGGUGGUGCUGGUGCUGGUGCUGGUGCUGGCGGUGGGGGUGGAGGCGGGCAGCAUCAGGAUGAUGAGGAGGGGAGUCAGCUUCAGGAGGAGGAUCAUCGGUGA